AUUAAUAAAAGUAACCGUGGAGAACACUGAAAAUUCAGUGGGUUCAAAAUCCAUUAAAACUUCAGAGACAAAGAUCUUACAUGGAAGCAAAUCAAUGAACUCUGGAAUAUCCUUGGAUGAUAGUUACAAAAUGGAUUAUCCUGAAAUGGGUUUAUGUAUGAUAAUUAAUAACAAGAACUUUCAUAAAAGUACUGGGAUGUCAUGUCGGUCUGGUACAGAUGUAGAUGCAGCAAACCUCUGGGAAACCUUCCAGAACUUGAAAUACGAAGUCAGGAAUAAAAAUGAUCUUACACGUGAAGAAAUUUUAGAAUUAAUGUACAGUGUUUCUAAAGAAGAUCAUAGCAAAAGGAGCAGUUAUAGUUGCAUGCUUCUAAGCCAUGGACCUGUCGAUCUGAAAAAGUUAACAGGUUUCUUCAGAGGGGACUGUUGUAGAAGUCCUGGAAAGCCGAAACUUUUCAUUAUUCAGCACUUGGUUACUAUUCCUGGCGAAAUUCAAAGGAUGGAUCCUGGUUCAUCCAGUCACUUUGUGCAAUGCUGAAACAGUACGCUCACAAGCUUGAGCUUAUGCAUACUCUCACUUGGGUUAACCGAAAGCUAGUGAUGGAAUUCGAGUCCUUUUCCACUCAUUCUGCUUUUCACGCAAAGAAACAGAUUCCUUGUAUUGUGUCUAUGCUCACAAAAGAACUGUAUUUUUAAUCACUAAAGAAAUGGAUGAUUUUUUAAAAAAUUUGUAUGCCAAGUGAGGAAACGGUGUACCUGAUACUAUAUUUUCCUUUCUCAUUUAAAUCUAAUCUAAUCCCCCAGGUGAUACUUGGAAACAUGUCACUUUC